UUCCGAGCGUGAAGUUGAUUGUUUAUAUUUUUUGUCGAUAUCAAAACUUUAAAGAGCUGUAUCCUUUAUUCCAUUAUUUUUUCAUUUUUAAUAGAAAAAUCAUCUUCCAUUCUCAGUCAAAUCGUUUCCCAGCUUCCAGGAUGACUGAUGACGUAAAAAAGUUUUUCCACAAUAUGUUACAGAGAGUCUCUGGAUUACGAUGCGUUAUGGUUACAGAUCGCGAUGGUGUUCCGCUCAUAAAUUUGGAAAAGGAAAAAUCCACCGAAAUUAUCAUGAAGCCCGCAUUCCUAUCCACCUUUACGCUAGCGGCUGAACAGUCCAACAAACUGGGCCUGGGUAAAAAUAGAAAUAUAAUCUCAGUUUAUGCCGAUUACCAGGUAGUCCAGAUGAAUAAAAUCCCCUUAGUGGUGACCUUCAUAGGGGCUGAAAAUUGCAACAUAGGCCAUAUUCUAUCAUUGGAUCAACAAAUCGAUACUAUGCUAGAAGAAUUAAAAACAGCUGUUACAGAUUCAUAAAAAUCUAUGGAUAUGCAAAACUUGUUUCUGUUGGUUCAUUACAUUUUAUUUUAAAAAUAC